AACCAUCUUAAGCUUCGCACCAUAACUCGUUGCUCGUCGCACGACGCCACGCUUCCAUUCCAUUCCAUCAACCGAGCCAUGACCUCCAAGGCGCCCUCCUCCACCUCCUACCUCCUCCUCGCCCCCGUCGCGGUCCUGCUCCUCGUCUUCCUAGUCUCGUCCGUCAACCGCUCCGGCGGCGUCUCCGAUGGCCUCGGCGUCCUCUGCACCCGCCGCGCCGUCGCCGGCAACUACACCGUCGCGCCGGAGGCGGCGGAGGAGGUUCCCAACAAGAAGCCCGAGCUGAGCCUGCUGGUGGGCAUCCUGACCAUGCCGAAGCUGCGCGAGCGGCGGGACAUCGUGCGACUCGCGUACGCGCUGCAGCCGCCGGUGCCCGCGUACGCGCGCGUCGACGUGCGCUUCGUCUUCUGCAGCGUCACCGACCCAGUGGACGCCGCGCUGGUGUCGCUGGAGAUCGCGCACCACGGCGACAUCAUCGUGCUGGACUGCACCGAGAACAUGAACAACGGCAAGACGUACGCCUACUUCUCCUCCGUGCCGCGCCUCUUCGCCGACGCGCCCUACGACUACGUGAUGAAGACCGACGACGACGCGUACCUGCGCGUGCCGGCGCUGGUGGAGGAGCUCCGGGGCAAGCCGCGCGACGACGUCUACCUCGGCUGGGGGUUCAACAUGAGCGGGGACCCGAUGCUGUUCAUGCACGGCAUGGGGUACGUCAUGUCCUGGGACCUGGUGAGCUGGGUGGCGACGGCGGAGGAGAUCCUGGAGAGGAACGACACCGUCGGGCCCGAGGACCUCAUGCUCGGCAAGUGGGUCAACCUCGCCGGCAGAGGGAAGAACAGGUACGACCUCAAGCCGCGGAUGUACGACCUCAACUGGGACAUGGACAACCUGCGCCCGGACACCGUCCUCGUGCACACGCUCAAGAACAACCGCCGGUGGGCGACGACGUUGGAGUACUUCAACGUCACCGCCGGGAUCAAGCCGUCCAACUUGCCGUGAUCAAUCGCGUCAUCACGUGGGCGUGCUGACCACGCCGAAGCGGUAUACGAGCAGCGGGGCAUUGUGCGCCUGGCUACGCUGAGGUGGACGUGCGCUUCGUGCUGUGCGGCGUGGGCGUCGACCCGGUGGACGCGGCGCAACAUGAACGACGCACGAGUACUUCUCCGACGCAGUGGACUUUUGUACGCAGGAAGUGCGCGCGCGGAUGUACGAUCGCCACUUUGGCCGUGUGGUCCACGCGCUGAUGGGUCUACCGGCGCGCGCGCUGAUGGCCAAUCUGAUUUUCUCGCUA